UUGAUUGAUGGGAGGGACCGCUGUGUUCCAAUGGUAUAGGCGUUUGUUCGUACACGUUGUUUGACAGACUGUGAAGAUGGUUGAGAAGAUGCUGCUGGAAUUGUUGUCGUUGGAGAAGUCUCUGGGCUUGAAAAAGACAAACAAAUACAGCACCCAAGGAGAGAAGGUUCCAGUUCUUCAGACAAAUAAUGGACCAAGUUUAAUAGGACUGACCACCAUUGCUGCUCAUCUAGUGAAAGAAGCUCAACAGAAGCAGCUGCUGGGAAGCACAGCAGAAGAGAAGGCAAUUGUGCAGCAAUGGUUAGAAUACAGAGUAACCCAGAUAGAUGGCCACCGUGGUAAAGAUGAGACCAGAAUUAUCCUCAAGGAUCUUAACCAGUAUCUUGAAGAUAAAGUUUACCUGGCGGGAGAUAACUUCACUUUAGCAGACAUUUUGGUUUACUAUGGACUUCAUCCUAUUAUGACUGAGCUUUCUGUCCAGGAGAAGGAGAAGUAUGUAAAUGUGUCCCGGUGGUUUAACCACAUUCAGCAUUACCCAGGCAUCCGCCAGCAUUUGCCUUCUGUAGUGGUGCUGAAGAACCGUCUCUACACCAGUGGUCACUAGGAGAAACUUGUCAUAUGCAUUAAUUUAAACAAGAACUACUCAUUGGGGGUAAGAACAGGGAAUAUCACAUACAGUUUGACUGUAGAACAAACUCAUAUGUCUGUCUGUUAAAGUUGCUGGCCAAAAAGUUUUCACACCAACCAAAAUUGUACAAUGUUAUGGAAAUCAAGGUAGAACUGAACUAAAAACGUGUAAAACUGCAUAAAAAGCAAAGUCCUUAGCCAGACAAAACAGAGUGGGGUCUUUUCUUAUGAACGAAACAUCACAUACCCCUUUAAGUAUUUUGUGAAUGUAAUACAGUGGUCCGUAAACCACACCUGAGAAUAAACACCAGUGGAAAAAUGUCUGCAUUUAGAACCAAGGACAGGAUCUACUUCUAUUUGUGCAGCAAUAUUUAAUGAACUAAUAUUCUUCAAUUCACAUUCAGUAGAAGACCAUGGAAUUUGGAUUAUAAUUAUACUUUUAAAAUACAUAAUGUUUAGCUUUUCAAAGGGAAUUAUGGAGAUGUCUGUGCCAGAUAAUGCAAAACUGGAAAUACUCCUGACUUGAACGAAUGUGUGGCCUAUUAAAAUAUGUAUAGCUGGGGAAUCAAUGUAUAUGACCUCUGAAGGCCACUGAAACUUUGGCAUUAUCAAAACAAAAAUUAUGAAGUGGAACUUUAAAGAAACUGAAUUAUUAUUGAGGUGGUGGUAGUCUUUUUUAAAGUGGAAGUAUAUUUAUUUAAUAGUGGAAUACAACUGUAAAACUAAUAAUAUUAAUAAUAGUACAGUUAAAUAUACAUAGCAUUUUUAGUCCUUAGGUGAAGGUGUAGGCAUAAAAAUCAGAAUAUAAUUAUCUUUAGGUAAUUGGUUCAAAUACUAGUAUUUUGUCUGUUUGCUUCAGCAUAUGCAUCCAUAUUUGUCAAUCCAUUAUUGUAAGAGAAAAUAAAUGUCUUAAGUAUGUCUGGGGUCCUUUUGUUAUAACCAUUUUAUUAAAAUCAUUCAAUGUAACAUUUCGAUUCUUGAAAUGUAUUUGUUUACGACUGUAAGUCGCCCUGCAUAAGGGCGUCUGCUAAGAAAGAAAUAAAUAACAUGAGCCUUUUCAUCAAA